AUGCUCACGCUGAACAUUGACUGGUUUCAGUCAUUCGAUGGUGUUAUCUACUCCUGUGGUGCCAUAUAUCUUGCAAUCAAUAAUCUUUCACGCAGUGAGUGGUUCAAGAAGGAGAACGUGAUUCUUGUUAGGUUAAUGCCAGGGCCUAAAGAAGCGAGCACUUCUGACAUAAAUAACUAUCUGAAACUGCUUGUGGAUGAGUUGAUGGAGCUGUACAAAGGUAUUAAGAUUAAGACUCACCAAUGUCCAAAUGGUACUUCUAUCCAAGCAGCCCUUCUCAUGGUUGCCUGCGAUAUACCUGCUGCAAGGAAAGUAUGUGGGUUCACAUUCCAUACAAGUACAAAUGCAUGCCACAAGUGUAAGCAUCAAUUUUCGAGGUUGGCUGGAACGAGUUCCAUUGAUUAUUCUGGAUUUGAUUUCUCAAAGUGGCUCCUUCGCACUAAGAAUGACAAUCAUAAGGAUGCAGAGAUCUGGAGAAAUGCAACCAAACCAACUGAGAGACAGUGUCUUGAAGUUGCACAUGGUGUUCGCUGGUCCGAACUGCAUUGCACUGCCAAAAGAAUGCUGGAGAGAUGGGUUGCGGAUGGAUUAAUCGACGGUAAAAAACUCAUUGCCAUGCAAAAGGCUGUUGAGAAGGUAGUGUUGCCGCCCGAUUACACAUCACUUGGGACAAAGAUUGCCAAGGGAUUUCCCUAUAUGAAGGCUGAUGAGUGGAAGGAUGUGUUGCCGUUGCCAGAGUUCAAGAACUGGAUAGAGUUUGUUAACGCAUGCAGAUACUUCACCAAGCCUAGUGUUUCUGAAGAAGACAUUGAGAAAGGAUACAAAUGCUUAGAAGAAUUCUGUAAAGGGUGUGAGACAUUGUACGACCUGGAUCUUCUCUCUCCCAACAUGCACCUGCAUCUGCACUUACACCAAACAAUGAUUGACUUUGGGCCUGUCUAUGGAUAUUGGCUUUUCAGCUUUGAAAGGUACAAUAGUGUCCUGAGAAAUAUCAAAACCAAUUGA